CUAGUUGUGACUCAGUUCUAAAUGUAAACAAGCUUACAACUUACGAUGCGUCCACGUAAAUUCAAGCUUCCAUGUGAUGUGGACAGUUUUUUGCAGGCCGACAAGAAGGUAGUAAUUGUCUCGGUAUUCGGUAAAUCUCAGUAUCGAGCGAAAGGAUGCAAGACAGAUAUGCUGAGUUCUAUACUCCAGUUGAACCUCCUGGAUGAACCAGAAAUAGAUCAGCAGUCUGGAUGUGAAAUUGAGGGAUAUUAUAAUCCUAAAGAGAAAACAGUUUGCCUGAAUUUAAGAGGAUUUCUGGAUGCUCAUACGCUUCUGGCCGAAUAUGAUAAAUUCACGGAGAAGCAGGACUGCAAGGACUUUCUUAGUGUUUGGGCACAUAUGAAAGAUAAAUAUGCGAGAGCACUCCUAGUGUUAUUUCAUAUAUCUCAUAUAAUGGUACUUACUCAUCCGACACACACUUUUGACUACAGUUAUGUGCAUUUAUUUCGUGCUAUGGACAUAGUCAGGCAAAAAAUUUCUCCUCAACUUUCUGAUGUAUUAAGCUGCAUUCAUAGUCUACCCAAGGAUUGGAUCUCGAAUGCCAGACCCUGUUCACCACGGGUAUUAUUUUAUUUCGAAACCUGUCCUGCGGUAUUUCAGAAUCCAGACAAUGAAGCUAAUAUUAAAAAACUAGAGCAUUCCCUUGAAGAUCAAAUUUAUCAUGUAUUAAGGAAAAAUAGGAUUGUUACGAAUAUUAGCUCAAAUUCCUUGUUUGCGAUACCAGCUAAUCAGGAAUUUGUGUAUGUGCAUACCGGAAAUACAGACUCCAGGGACAUGUUGGGUUACAUGGCGAGAAAAUUAAUACAAAGUUGUAAAACCAGUUCCAGUGGUACAACAUUGAGAAGCCUCAGUAAUCUGGAUUCAAACCCUAUCAUAGUGGAUGACACCGAGACUGGUAAAUUGAUGAAAUAAGUGGACAUGGAAAUAAUAAGUGAUAAUGUUUUACAAUAAAAUAAACAAAAACUGAGUGACAUUUUUCAGAUACCUACUUUAAACAUAUUUUGCCAAGUAGCAAACAAAGUUUUCGAUUACUUUAUUUACGGAACAGAUAAAGAACUAUUGAUGCUUCACAAUUUAUUAGAUACCGAUGUGAAAUUUAGUAAAAGUCGAUGUAGCAAAGUACUUCCGAGAGCUUUACAAGCGUAUCAAGAAAAUUUACCGCAGCAUUAUACAAGAGCGUAUCACGAAUCGAAGUUAGCACAUGCAAUGGCAGUCUUUGAAAUGCAUGCCCGCGGUCCAUUGUUCGAAGAAUUUAAUGAGAAAUUACAAGCUGAAUGUGACAAGCAUUGGCGAGCUGGUCGACAAAUGUGUGAAGUAUUGUCACUCACCGGUCAUCCUUGUACGAAUCCUAUUCACAGAGGAGGUAGCGAAGGUGCGGGAGGUGGAGAACAAACUGAGCCCAGAGAGGACGACAGUGAAUUACCUGUUAGAGAGCAUUGCAGUGGCGUAAGAUAUGUAUGCGCUUGCAAUUGCGGUAGGGUCCAAGGCUCGAGAGAAGAUCCCUUCAGUCUGAGACAAGCAAAUCAUGACUAUUUUCAAAUGUUAGCGAAACAAUGUGGUUGCGCACAACUAGAAAGCAUACAGUUCCCCGUGUUUCAACCCAGCACACAUAACUAUAGAGCAGCGCAGUUAUUUUCAGCAACGAAACGUCAUGAUUCCUUCAGUCGCAAUGGAUCUUCCACACCACAAGACACGCAAGCUUGUAGUUUAGGAACCGAUACUUUGAAUGAUGAAAAUACAGAUUAUGGUAGCGGUGGUCAAUCAUCGGCAACGAGUGAUCCAAUAGAAGGAGAUAUUCCGAGAUUAAGCAAUAAAACAAGUUUGACACCGAGCGACUCGCACAAAGUUGUUAUAGAAGUCACUGAUAGCGAUGCAGAAAAUUCUAAAGACAAAUCUUUGGUUAGACAACCAUCCACGACAGAAUAUCUACCUGGAAUGUUACACACUGAAUCACCGGCCGGCUUACUGCCGCAAUUCUCCAAUUGGUCUCUGGUAUGCCUUGGACCGAGUAGUCUUUACUCUCACAAUUUGGGACUGCAGCAUCAGAUCGGAGUAUUCCCUACCUCCGCGUUUUUACUACCAUGGGACGUGACUGUUAGACUGGAGCAUCAGAAAGAACGAAAUCCACUGUGGCCGCUAGUGGGCGAUCACGGAGGUUACUGCCCACGAGGAGGCAAGAAUUUCCAGAAUAUGAACGCCAUACGUGGUCGUAAAUCGAAAGGAGGCAAAGAAUUCGUGGUGAAAAUAUUUGUCGGGGUGGAAUACGAGUGUCCGCGUGGACAUCGCUUUAUGGCGUCUGCACCCGAUAAGGUACUAAAAGCGACUGGAAGUGGCAUAGUGAAAGACAGUGGAAACAAGGUGACGUCCAGUACCGCUGAUAUGCCUCUGUACUUUCCUUGCCCUUGCAGGCAAACUAAACCCUUAAUCGCUCAGCUGAUGAGAAUUCAUGUAGUGACACCUAAAGCGCCAGUGCACGUCACAUUGAACCCUCGGGUUCAACCUGGUCCUCCACCUUGCCCGAUAUUCGUCACUGGAUGUGAGGAACCGAUCAAGCUUUCCCAGAGUGCAUAUUGGAUCUUGAGAUUGCCCUAUGUAUAUAUGGGCGACAAAGGACCAUAUUUACCACCUAAGGAACCGGUACCUCCAGCUCACGGGCGUUUGUUAGCUGGUAUGUACGGCAUCAGCGAGGUUGUGCCAGAGAAGAAAUGAAAAGGCGGCUGAUGCUAUAAAAUGAUGAUAUAAAAUAUAUCCUCGAAGAUAUCAUCGUAUACAAUACCAUACAAGUGCGUUUCGUGUGUGUUUCGAAAUAACUGUGCAUUGGAAAAUAAAAUAUUUAGUUUACA